ACAGCGCAUUGGCAUUGCAUUACCAGGCCAAGGACACGUACCGUUGGACGAGUAGAAAACUGAUAAUUUAUCCCGGGAAUUAUUUUGAUGCUAUCAUUGGGUCAGGUGAGGUCAUCACCAUGGCAGCCGAAGACAUUGAGAAAAUCCUCAAGGAUCUCAACGCCAGAAAGGCCUUGCCUUUUUGGGACUUCAUCAAAGGAUCCGAGGGAGGUUUGGAUCCCCAGACACUACAGGCCGUUGGUAUCGAUCUUAUCGAUAUAAAAUACAAGAUGCUUAAGAAAGGCACCAAGGUAUAUGCCCUGGUGCCUUUGAAAGCAGCACCGAUCCGUGUUUAUACCAUGAACAUUGAAACUCUACACACCAUCCUGGCAGAGAACCCGCAGAAUGAUGAGAACGGUGUUUCGCGUGUCAGUGUCUUCGAGCUGACAAGCGAUAGUGUGAUGGCAAUGCAGAUCCGCGAAGACAUUGCAUCUAAAGUCUGCUCGCUGUGGAUAAAGUCCAAGGACAAGGACAAUGCUGCAGAAGAGACUGAGGGAAAGGACUAUCAAAAACUACUGCAAAGCAGGGACCCCAGUGAUAAGAAUUUCAUGGACCUGUGCAUCACAAGGUAUUACUUUCCCGAGUUCAUUCAUGCACUUGUAUACACGAGACAGAACAGCGCAUAUGAAGUCCUUGUGACUGGGUGUUUCGAUGAAUUUAUUAGGCAGCGGAGGUUUGUUCAGGAUGUAGUGCUUCCCAAAAGCUCCUUGAGCAAGCUCACUGUGGAUGAGGAUGGGUACCUUAGACUUGGUUCUUCUAGCGACGAACCAACCCAUGUUGCGGUCGACGUUGCAUACGCACAGGUCAAAGACAAGAAGGUAUCUAAAGAAUUCUCACAAAGUCAGCAGGUUCCGUCGUAUGAUGAUAAUUUCCCAACAGCUGAGGAGUAUAACGAUCACAAGGAGGAUGAUCACUCUCUCGAUUAUGAGUCCAUCGACAUUAAACCCUUGCCUACAGAAUCGGCGACAAUCGUGGCAAGCCCCCGCCCCGAUCAGAAGCCGCCACCACCUCCUAUCGCAGAACCAGUCUACAGCACCAUUGACAAGUCCGCCAAGAAACCCAGAGACAGGCAAAAGAGUGUUGAUCAACCCGACACCCCGGGGACACCGACUGGUACCAAGCCCCCACGCCCACCCCCGCUGGAAACCAUGCCAAACAGCGACGGGGAGUCCCCCGCUCCGAUCCAAAAGCCAUCCAGACCUUCAGCACCUCCCAGGGUCCUACGUGGCAAGUCGCAGUCAUCGCUUAAUUCAAGCCAUGGGAGCUCAGGGAAUGUGUCCUUGGAUGGCAAAGAUGAGGCCUUGGAACCGCCUCCUCGGACGAGCAUGAAGGUCAAAGGUCAGAAAUCUGAUACGAUGACGCGUUUUUAACAGCUUUGGCGCCAUUUUCAGGACAAAUUUGCCCCGAGCCCCAGUGCAAGAGAAGUCAUUCCCACGGAGGGAGUCUAAUAAAAAUUAUAGAAUCAAGUCUCAACAUGAGUGGCUUUAAUGGGGAAUGUAAAAUUGAUGUACUUGAAGCUGUGUUCACACAAGACCACCAUUAAGUAAAAUUUUGUACAAAGUAUCUUCUCUCAUCACAAUUAACCAUUUUUAUUGAAUUCACAACAUUUUUUUUAUGUAGCAACAUAAGACUUGAAAUGUUAGUCGAGUAUAUAUUCUGAAAAGUACAUUGCUCAAUUUAUUCAGGAAAACACACAAUC